UUGAAAAGAUCGCCAAUAGGCUUCCAAUUCCACGUCCUCUUGACUCGCAUCCCAUUCCAUCCCCUUUGAAAAGAUUUGACACAAAAGGAGCGUCUACGUCGAGUUUCCCGAAAAAACAAGUACGAUGAAAGUACAAUAACGAUUUCAUGGCGGCGCCGUGGCAACCGGCCGCUCAUUGACGUUUUCAUGGCGGCGAUACACGUUAAGCGCGAUUCCUUCUUUGCUCGCUUCAAACCUCGACUAUCACAGCUAUUUUACCAUAAAUUGGUUAAAGUUGGAAACAAACCUCGUCCUCCAAGCGAUAAAGAUUCGGUUUCUGGACCAGGUAAAAUCGAUAUUUCUAAAUGGCGAAAGAUGGAUUCCAGAUCACUGGGAAUAACCCGAGUAAUGGUGCCUUCUUCUCCCUAUACUCUUCUAAAGAUUCUCCGAAGCAGAGGAUUCGAAGCCUAUUUGGUUGGUGGUUGUGUGAGGGAUUUACUUCUAAACAGACCGCCCAAAGAUUUUGAUGUUAUUACUACAGCUGAUCUUAAUCAGAUUAAAAAGCAGUUUCAUCGUUGUAUAAUUGUUGGACGCAGAUUUCCUAUAUGUAGAGUGCAUAUAAAGGGAUCGGUUAUCGAGGUCUCCAGCUUUAAGACGUUGGCGAAAGAUUCUGAAGAAAAAGAAAAAUUUCUUGUAUCUCAAAUGCCUAGAGGCUGUGACAAGUUUGACCUUAAUCUCUGGAAAAACUCUAUGCAUCGUGACUUCACUGUUAACAGCUUGUUCUUUGACCCUCUAAACUACAAGAUAUAUGAUUACAACAAUGGAAUGAAAGACAUACUGGAGCUAAAGCUACGAACAUUAGUACCUGCUCAUGUGUCAUUCACAGAGGACUGUGCAAGAAUUCUUCGGGGACUGAGAAUUGCCGCUCGUCUUGGAUUAUCAUUUUCAAAGGAUAUCGAAUCCGCAAUUCAUAAACACGUGUCGUCUAUUUUGAGUUUAAGCACGUUUAGGAUAAUGAUGGAGAUGGAUUAUAUGCUUUCAUACGGGGCUGCAGAAUCUUCGCUCCGUCUACUUCAUAGAUUUCACAUUCUCAAGAUUUUGCUACCAAUUCAGGCGGCGUACAUUUCCAGACAAACUACUGGACCUAAGCAACGUACCAUGAUGUUGAUGAAAUUGUUCUCUCAUAUGGAUGAGCUUGUUAGUUGUGAUCAGCCAUCCACCUGUUGCUUAUGGAUUGGACUUUUGGCUUUCCAUCAGGCACUACUAAACGGACCCCAACAUCCGUUUGUCGUAUUGACUUUUGGUUGUGUUCUAUAUCAUCAAAGUUGGGUAGAUGGCCUCAGGUUUGCAAGGAAAUAUUGUCAACCACUCGUCAGCUUUGACCCUGAAACUUCAGAUCCGUAUGAGUUCAUUUCUGAUGACGAGGUUGCUAAAAAAGUAACGAUGUUAGCAAGGCGGGUGAUAAAUUCGAUCGAUGUUUUGGUGGAUAUAGAUACCCUGCACAAAACAAUGUCCAAAUUCUCCGGUUUUCCCUGCCGUGGUUUGGUUUUCGUAUCCAAGAAUUCUGCUCACGGUGCUGCACAACUCUUUCACGUUCUUGCACAUAAGGUAGAAACUUACGAUAAAGGAAGAAGUUCGUUUGAGAUGAAUCAUCAGUUGCUUGGAAAAGGCGAUGCUUUAGAGACUAGAUUUGCCCUAGGAAAGAUCAUAAUGAAUACUAUGGGAUGUACGGUUAAUUUAGAUAACCACUUUGGGCCACCUGAAAAUGUACAUUUUACGCCAUCUGAUUCAUGUUUACAAAAAGCGAAUGCAAAAUCAAGCACCAGUCAGAAGCAAAAUGCUUAUACAGAGGAAAAAGUUGAAGAUAUUGAGAUACUCGGUACUUCCGGUCUAAAAACAGAGGGUCCCACAAGUAACAGUAAGAAGAAAAAUGCAGCCAUAGAUAAAGAGAUCAAAGAUUUUGCAGCUACAGAUCACUCAAUAGGGAAACCAGAAGAAAUGCGCGUGUCUGAUUCACCUACACAGGAACUUAUGACCACACCGGAACCUUGUUUGCACAAUGGAAACCAUAACCGAAAUGAAAAGCUUCCAUCUCAAUUAGAAGCUCAAAACGCUAACGAAAAAGUCAACGUAGUCGCAGAAGUGGAAGUAGAUCAGUCAACAUUUAAAGAACAAAGUGUAAACAGAAAGGAAAAAUGGAAACAAGUGUUGCCGUUAUCUUCUCUUUUCAAGUAAAUGACACCACAAAUCUGUUAUAGGCAUUAGUUACUUCUUUGAGUUAUCAUUUUAUAAAAUUAGAACAGUUCAUUUUUAGGCUCAUAGUGUUAUUUUAAAAAAUUAAGUAGAGCUAACAGCAUGUGAUUUAGCAAAUGUUUGUAUUGUUUCUUUGUCUUCCAUUUUUCCCAGUUGGGAAGAUUUUGUUUUUGUAGACAUUUUUUACAUCAAAGACUUGUUUUUAGUGGGGAAA